AUGGCCUCUUUCGCGCCGAUCGACCCGCCCUCGACUGGCCCUAGUUCGAAGAAAAGGGUUGCAUACUUCUACGAUUCCGAUGUUGGCAAUUAUGCCUACGUCGCUGGCCAUCCUAUGAAGCCUCAUCGGAUUCGCCUGGCACACAGUUUGAUCAUGAACUAUGGUGUCUACCAGAAGAUGGAAAUAUAUCGUGCCAAACCAGCCACCCGGCAUGAGAUGACCCAGUUUCACACCGACGAGUAUAUCGACUUCCUUCAAAAGGUGACCCCCGACAAUAUGGACUCUUUUGCAAAAGAGCAAGGCAAAUACAAUGUUGGCGACGACUGCCCAGUAUUCGACGGAUUGUUCGAGUUUUGUGGCAUCAGUGCUGGCGGUAGUAUGGAGGGCGCCGCUCGUCUCAACCGCGGCAAGUGCGACAUCGCCGUUAACUGGGCCGGUGGCCUUCAUCACGCGAAAAAAAGCGAAGCCUCUGGCUUUUGCUAUGUCAAUGACAUCGUCCUGGGCAUUAUCGAACUUCUACGUUUCAAGAAGCGUGUUCUCUACAUUGAUAUUGACGUUCAUCACGGCGACGGCGUCGAGGAAGCCUUUUACACUACUGACCGUGUCAUGACUGUCUCAUUCCAUAAGUAUGGAGAGUAUUUCCCCGGUACUGGUGAGCUUCGCGACAUCGGCGUAGGCCAAGGCAAGAAUUAUGCCGUUAACUUCCCGCUUCGUGAUGGCAUUGACGAUGUUACCUACAAAUCUAUCUUCGAGCCGGUUAUUCAAAGUGUCAUGGACUACUACCAACCCGAAGCCAUUGUUCUACAAUGUGGCGGAGAUAGCUUAUCUGGUGAUCGGCUUGGAUGCUUUAACCUUAGUAUGAGGGGCCACGCUAAUUGUGUCGCGUUUGUUAAGAGCUUCAAUAAGCCCACACUUGUUCUUGGUGGAGGCGGAUAUACUAUGCGCAACGUUGCUCGCACUUGGGCUUUUGAAACUGGCGUCCUUGUCGGCCAGCAGAUGGACCGUACGCUGCCAUUCAACGAGUACUAUGAGUAUUAUGGACCUGAUUAUGAAUUGGAUGUUCGCCCUUCCAACAUGGAGAACGCGAACUCAAAGGACUACCUCGAAAAGAUCAAGAUUCAAGUUAUCGAGAACCUCAAGAAGACCGCCCAUGCACCUUCGGUUCAAAUGACCGAAGUGCCUCGCACUACGUUGGCGGGUGGAACAGAUGAAGAUGAAGCAGAGCUUGAUGAUCUUGACGAGGACGAAAAUAAAGACACUCGCCACACAAAACGAAGAUGGGACCAGCGUAUUACUCGGGAUGAUGAGCUUGAUGAGAGCGAGGACGAGGAAGAGGCGCGUGCCAACGGCGUUCUACCCCAGAACGGCACGAUCAAGAAACGUAACAUUAUGGAUUAUUGCAAUCCAAAUGCUGCCGCUUCUGACGUUGAAAUGGAUAGCGGCAUAGCUACUCCAGAAGUCCAGAAAGACGUUAGUGUUGUCACCACAACGGCAACUGAAGGAAACGGCGAGGCCAAUGGAGACAUAGCGGAAAAGAAACCCCUCGAUGCCGGACCCAUAGAGCCUGAGGAGGUCGAGCCCCCAAAAGCACCAUCCCCAGCCCCUUCCGCUAAACCAGCUGUUGACAAUGAGGGUGAUGUGGAGAUGACAGAAGAUGAGCCCAAACCCGAAGCUAUAAACCCGCCUGUGGAAGCAGCAGCGCAAUCUCCGGCUGUUACACCUCCUGUUUCUCCUACACCCGCCACAGCUGCCGUCGAGGCCGUUGUUGAGCCAUCCGAUGCAGCAGAGGUCAAGCAAGAAGGGAAGGACGAGUUGAUGGAGGAGGAGGUCAACGCGGAAGCUGCAACAGAAGCGGCCAAACAAGUAGAAACCUGA